UAAAACCCAAAACAACAACAAGAGGAAGAACUAAAGAUGGCUACCAGGUUAUCUAAUGCAAGUUGGCCACAGCGACGUUUCCAGUUGUUUUAAAUAACUCCGGACACAAAGCCCAGUUGGUUGGUCUUCACCUUCGUUAGCUGGACAGCCUGACACGAUGGAGGAACCGUGGGACUUUGAGUUCUUGUCCCGCAUCGCUGACAGCUGUCUGUCGUUCCUCACCGAGUUCGUGGACGACUGGCUCGCCAACGACAUGAGAGUUUGCAUAUUCAAGAUCUUACUCAGCUGGUUGAUUGUCAGUCUCAUCGCCAUUCACUUUGCGUGGAAAGUCUACGGGAACACGGUAAACGACAUGUAUUACCGACAAGGGACCGGACAGAACGGAGGGACCCCGGACACAGCCUCGCACCUGAGGGGAUGGGAAAGCAAAGCCAGGGAUACUUUGAAGACGCAUCGAGAUUAACAGGACAAUUGACUUUGGACUUUAUACAAGUGAGACCUGGACAAUUAAAUCCCUUCAGAGACAUCCAUUGCACCCACGACUCUGGACAAACUUAAUCUUCAGUGCACUCAAGAUGGAUGCACCAUCUGGCGUCUGCCUGAAGAAACAUGUGACCAUGCAUACCAACAGUCUGACACUGAUAUGCACUAAACUGACCAUGCAGUGCUGUAUGAUAUUUAUUUCAGUCUGUUGUCUCUGGUCAGUGAACAUAUUUUAUUCUGCAUAAAAGCUUGUUUUUCUUUCAAGAGGCCUCAGUUCAAGUGACAAACAUAUUGAUGUUUACUCAUGAAUUCAGAAGAUUUUGAUAGUAGACAUGACUUUUUCCCUUCUGAGACCACAAGCAAGAAAGAAAGAAUUGUACUUGAUUUGAAUUGUGUAUGGAAGGAAGACGUACAGUAUUAUUAGAAGUCACAACACACAAGAUCAUGAUGACAGAUUUUUUUAAAUUAUAGUAAGGCUGAAAAACUCUGCAGAGGCAAGUGACUGAUGAGAGUGCGUGAUUUGCAUGUGUGUAGUUACUGAUUAGAAAGGUUCUUUGCAGUGGGCAUUUUAAUCAUUUAAUUUAUAAAUAAUGCAUUUGGUCUUUAUGAAGGCGGGUCCAUGAAAAUCAGAUCAUCUUUUCUCUUCAAUGAUUUUUGGUUACUUAAAGGUUCAGUGUGUAGAAUUAGUGACAUCUAGUGGUGAGGUUGCAUGUUGCCGCUCAAUAUCCUUCAACUCCUUCGAAACAUGAGCAUGUGGAAGCCUUCAGUUGCCAUAAUAACUCAAUGUGUUUAGUUGGGACUACUGUAAAAAAAUUACAUUUGCAGCCUCCAUAGAGAGAAACUGCUCCUGAUGUAAAAGUAUCUAAAUAUAAAGGACCCAUUCUAGUGUAAAGAAAACAAGUCUUACAAUUUAGAUUUAACACACCAGUGAAAACAUCACAAGGAUUAUUUUAUAUUCAAUUUAUGCCAAUAGAUCCCUCUCACCUAAAUCUUACACACUGAACCUUUAACAACAGCUGUUAACCAUAACGAGUGCACUUAAUAAGAACAAAGUUUUUGAUUUUUUUUUUUUUACCACCGUUGUCAGAGGAAAAUGUAAUCGAUUAAAAAUAAGUGGAGUAUAAUUAUACAUUUAUCUCUCAUAUGAUAUCUAAGAUUUUUAAUAACCAUCGUCUUUGUGUA